AUGUGGGAUUCAGACCAGAAAAUCCAAGCCAAUGGACUGGUAUGUCCCGCCCUUGUUGGUGGUUUAGCAUUCUUAAAAUUGAACAAAGAUGUAUACAAGUGGACACUUCAGAAAUUCGAUUUACCUCCCGAAGUUGUGGAUGCAAAGUUGGAGGUGAAGAAAUGCACCGAUCAGAUAUCAUUUAUCAACCGAAGCCUAAUCGAGAAAGGACUGAAAGAAGUUAUCUUCAAGUGCUUAGUUAAUGGGUCAUAAAAUAUAUUCCUGGUUCCACUGUCUUCCAAGGAUACCCUGAUUUUUGCUAUAAAAUGUAGAGGUUUCAAUGUCUUGCUUCAAUAAUCACUAGCCCU